UGGGGAAGAAGGCAGUGCUUCCGGGUAGGAGUGAGGUGACCCCGGCCGGCUGGAAUCUGCGGCGGAGCAGACAUGGGGGCGCACCUGGCCCGGCGCUACCUGGGCGAUGCCUCGGUGGAGCCCGACCCUCUGCAGAUGCCCACCUUCCCGCCCCAGUACGGCUUCCCGGAGCGCAAGGAGCGCGUGAUGGUGGCCACGCAGCAGGAGAUGAACGAGGCACAGCUGACGCUGCAGCAGCGCGACUACUGCGCCCACUACCUCAUCAAGCUGCUCAAGUGCAAGCGUGACAGCUUCCCCAACUUCCUGGGCUGCAAGCACGAGCAGCACGACUGGGACUACUGCGAGCACCUCGACUACGUGAAGCGCAUGAAGGAGUUUGAACGGGAGCGGCGGCUGCUCCAGCGGAAGAAGCGGCGGGAACAGAGGGAGGCCCGUUUGGCCAAAGCCCAGGAAUCUGCAGUGGACCCAGCUCUGUAGGUCACCCACCAUCCUCUGGACCAGUCCAAGAAAUAAAAGCCUCCAGGCCCCUGA